CUAGACUCGGCAACAUUUUUCGCAGUCGUCUGGCUACAUAUCCCAAGAUGGCGGAUGCGUUUGUUGAUCCGAAAUGCGAUGCGAUCGCAAGUAGUUUUAUGUACUGAUUGCAUACGAUACAACCCUUCCAAAAGCAUGGGGACUUUUGAAGAACGUCUGGCUGAGGAUUUCCAGCCCUCAGGGAUUUUAUACAGUAAGGUGUAGCAGAUCAAAUGGUGUGAUCACUCAUAGCGCUUGUGACAUAAGUCGGCAACAGCACCGGAAAGAUGCGGCAGUUAAAACUGGGAGAUACAUUCGAUUCAUUCUCUGAAUGGAAAACUGCUUUUGAUGAGUUCUGCAAAGCAACUGAUCAGGCCUAUAAGGUGUACACGUCGAAAUCGGUGAAGAGCUAUAACAAAAAAGUAGAACAGAGCCGCCUCAAGUCCAAGAGCAAAACGCCGACUUCCGAAGCCUUGGAUGAAAAAUGGCAGUUUGCAUACGUGCAGUACUGUUGCGUGCUUUCACGUGGAAAGAAUAAGCCCAGAGAUGAGGCCAAUGGCAAGGUUGCUUACAAAAAAUGCAACGCUGCUGUGGGUAUCAAAUACACCAAGCAGAUGGACAAACUCGUCAUAAUAAAGAUGAAUCUAGAGCACAACCAUUCUGACCAGCCCGACCAGCCGGACGAUGCCUGUGAUGAUGCUGCGGAUUUGGACGCAGACGCCGGAAACGAAGCAGAUUCGAGCUCAACCAGUGACAGCGAAGAAGACGAAGAUCCGGUCAACUUUGGCGUGAGUGAGGAAUACCGAGCUCUCAGCGUUCGUCAUGCUCACGGACUGCAGCUCUCGCUGGGAGACAUGACAGAUUCAGAGCUAGCACCGCUCCUGCACGAGUUAGAGAAACUGGAGGAAUCCGACCCAGACGCCGCGGCCUCGGUAAUCGUGAGCAACAGCAACGCCAUAACCGCGGUCUUUUUCCAGACCGGUGCCAUGCGCAGAGCCUUCAGGGAAUUCCCCGAGGUGCUUCUCUUCGACGCCGGCUACACUUUUUCGAUGGGACAGUACUCCCUGGUGUGCUUCAGCGGCCACGACGCUUCCGGUCUGGGCUGCCCUUUCGCGUUCGCUAUCCUCACGAAACCCGUACGGCUAGUGGCGGGUCUUUUGUUGAGCGUCUUUGUUAAUGCCAAUCCGCUAGUGUCGGAGGUACGGGUGCUGCUAGUCGGCAAGGAGCAGCUGCGGCUGCGCAGCAUCGUGCACUUCUUUGACAAGGCCUGCACCACUCUCCUGUGCCACUUUCACGUAAUCAGGUCGCUGUUCAACAAAAUGGAUCGCCUCAAAAUGGCCACCGCCGACCAGGAGCGCAUCUGCCGCAUCCUGCGUGCAAUGUUGGCUUGCCUGCACGAACGGACGUACACGGACAAUCUGAAACGCGUGGAGCAGAUGGACCAGCCGUUUUGGCGGCAUUUUCGAAAGACGUGGCACUCGCGCAGAGACCUCUGGGCGGGGUUCUGCCGCAACGGCAUUGCCCCGUGGUGCAGCGGAGUGAACGACCGCGUCGAGGCCCUCGUACAGUUCAUGCUCGCCGUGUGCACGCAGGCGCGCAACCUGCACGAGGCCGUCUGCAACCUGGCGUACGGGACGCAACCGAUUCUCGCUCAGAUAUCGACGGACGCCAUGCUGGACGAAGUAAGGGAGUACCACGUGAAGUUGUUGGACUACGAAGCGCAGAUCAUAGCGGCAUGCUGCAACUAUGCGGCGAUACACGUCCUAGUCCAGUUGAGAAUUUCCAGGAGCCACAAGUUUUCGGUUGUCGCGACGGACUGUGGAUACGUUGUGAGUUGCAUCACAGGGAAGGCGACUGUUCCUUUGAAUGGAUUCACCUGCAAUUGUGUGUUCAGAGAGGCAUAUGGGUUGCCGUGUGCACACGCUUUUGUGGUGGCCCACGCCAGGGGGGUGCCCAUUUCGGUGGAAGAAGUCGGGCAGCGGUGGCGGCGUAAUGGACCUUUUCCUAUAGAUCUGGCAAGGUGCGACGCGGACACGGAAGACAAUGACGUGGACGACUGCAAGCAGGGCAUGCUGGAGUACCAGGAUCGACUGGCCAAGGUGAAGCAGCUGGCUGACAAAUUAACUGCCCUGGUAGCCGUGAGCCCAGCUGAGGACUUUGGACACAUGUUCGGCGCCCUGAGCGAAAUGUACCGUACCUGGUCUCAAAGUUCGUCGAAUAGAGUUAACGUGUCAGUAUUCAGACCCGACAAGGACCACGAUCACCUGGUAAAGGAUGAGCUGCUGGACACGAUGGACGAUUUCGAUUUCUCACACAAGGAGGCAACAGAUAUCAGUGCAGGGCUCGAUGACAGCCAUGCUGUGCUCUCGGAUGACGAUGUUGAGAUGACGCAUGACGGAAUGAAGAAUAACGUGUUUGCAAGAACAGACCUAGAAAAACGCGAGGAAUCAUGCUCCAACCCAGUGUCAUCCGAAUCACGGCCCAUGGUAAGCAUCAAGAUGCCAGACGACGCUGUUUUUGGCUUCUCUGGAGGUAUCUUCAAGGGCACCAAUGAGGCAACGCGUGGCCAGCAUGUGGGAGAGGUCCCCGGACAUUCGAGAGACUCCGAGGCGGGGCGCAUGGCAGCUGACAAGUUGGAUGACGACGACUACGGAUUGAAUGCAAACGACCUGUCCUGCUUUACGACCUCAAUCGGAGCAGGAGUUCCAACGGAGGGCUUCACGGCAGCUGAAGAAAGUGACCUCUUUGGUUAUGGAGCUGGAGAAUUCGAGAAGGAGUUGCAUGGCGGGGCACGAGAAGAUGGCGGCAGCCCGGUGCUGCUCAGCAUCAAGGACGAUGAGCUCAGUAACGGUUCAAAAGAAGGCACUCGCAUUAAAUGGGAUAAUGAAGAAAGCUACAAAUUAUUAGACAGCAUCAUGGAGGCAGAGGCUUCUGAGAAGCUUGCAGAUGCCAUGAUCAAUCGAGGAGUUAGCAGUGUCAGAAGUAUACCCCCUACUGAUGACAUGGGGUCACCGUUACUCCAAGGCAUCAAAGACAAUGAAGGCCUAGGAGAUCCGGCCACCUGACUGUGAUCUACAUCAUCUUGCUUUUUUUUUUUCUUUCUUUUUAAGUGUUGUUUCAUUACUGUGUGCACAACAAAGGACUCAGUUCACAUCACUUCAUUACAUGUAAUAGGGAAGUGUUACUUUCAAUUGAAAAAAAAAAAAGAAAGAAAAAAAAAACAUCGUUGUUAACUUUGGUUUUAUAAUUGUGUUUUUAGGUUGUAGAUUAUUGCAGUGAUUUGAAUGGUGUCAUUCCAUUGCAGAUUUUUUCUGAUGAAGUUUCUGCAUUUGUUGAAGAUUGUGUUUUUUCAUCCUCAUGUAAAUAAUGUGCAAGGCAUCAAGCCCGUACUGUGCAUUCGGUCCAUAAUAUUUGUGCAUGGGGCGCAGCUGCCUGGACACGCCUCGUGGGACGAUCGUCUGCAGGCUUUGUGCCGCGCACUGUGCCAUUGGAAGGGCAUAGUUCACUCUGGCACGACUAGGGUGUUGUCUCUGUGCAGGACGUGGAUGGUAUCGCUCGCGUGAAAGGUGGAGAGAAAGAGAGGGAGGGAGAAAAGUACUGCAGGGAGGGCAACCGCACAUGGUUGUUGUUUGCAGAUGCUCAAACCAUGACAAGUACAUAUGUGGUCAAGUGUAUCAAAGUCUGAUGUACAUGAGUAUGUUGAAAUGCUUUGUGUCCCCCCACCUUCUGUUCAAGCUAUUGCAGUGAGCUGUUGAACCCUUUUGUUUGGGAACUGUAUUUUUUGUAUGCUGUUUUCUAGCAGAGUCACCUUCAGAUUUGAUGUGUGUGCACAUUCUUUUUCCCUGAAUUGCAUAUUGACUUUGGUUGGACAAUUCUGUACGUGUCAAUGAUGUCCAAUCUGCUGAGGGCGCAUGAACUCAGCAUAGCUGUUGAUUAGUGUGAUAACUUUCCUCAUUUUCCAAAUGGGCCGCAAUCAUUUUGUUUGUACCAUAUCUGCAUUUUAUCUUUUUACGGUUGUCUACGUGCCUGUUUCUCAAAUCGAGCACAGCUGUAAUAAAACCAGUUUUACCCAUCAAAACGGCAGAGCUACAAAGCUAUAUUUAUGCACCAUGUGACAUUGAAGAACUUGCUGAAGACAUAUAAAAAGAUAGAAGAAGGCUGUCAACGACUGUAACAUUUCUGUGGUGCGUCUGCACUCCAAGGGUAAUUCAGGAGACUUUCAGGCAGGAAAAGGUAACAAUCUUUUUCAUUUCUGUUACCAUCUCCGUUACUGGCCCAAAUUUGUUUCCGUUAUCACCAUUGUUGUUUUCAUUUUCGUUAUGUUUCUGUUUCGGCCUACCCCCUUGUUUUCCCU